UGGUGACGUCACCGCUCCCACACCGAGAGCUCGCGGGCUGAAGCGCGCACACUGCCAUGAACUUCGGAGCGUAACUUCGCCGUUUUUCUCGCUUUUCGGACGGGGUGGGAAACUAUAACGAGAUUUAUAAUUUUUUUCCCCCUCCUCAUCAGAACAGGCAACAUUCGGAGAAUUUAGUUGCAUAUUUUUGCCUUUUUUUUUCCAGCAGCAUGUCGUCUGCGGCGGUCGCUGCCUCGCGCAGGCAGUCGUGUUAUUUGUGCGAUCUGCCCCGCAUGCCGUGGGCGAUGAUCUGGGAUUUUACCGAGCCCGUGUGCCGCGGAUGCGUCAACUACGAAGGAGCGGACCGGAUCGAGUUCGUGAUCGAGACCGCGCGGCAGUUGAAACGCGCGCACGGAUUCCAGGAGGGCAGAUCACCGGGACCGGUGGGGAAACCGGGUAAGGACAUCCAGCCCAUGAACCACACAGAACCGGGCUCGCGUGCUCCGCAGCCGCUGGAUCGCUACCCGCUCGCGUCGGACAGACCCCCCAGACUGGGUCCGGAGUACCAGGCGGGACGGCAGGCGAACGGGAUCCCGGUGCCGAACGGCUUCCCGAAGCCCGACGAGCCCCCGGAGCUGAACCGCCAGAGCCCGAACCCGCGUCGGACCGGCGCCGUGCCUCCUAACCUGGUUCCGCUGGUCAACGGGAGCAUCCCGCCGGUGCACGCGCUUAACGGGAGAUCCGUGCAGAUGGGGAUCCCCCACGGUGCUUUGGUGGCGGAGCAUGUGGGCAAGCGCGCGGACGACAUGAAGGACAAACACCGCGCCGACAGCAUGAGCGACCCGAGCGACGGACACAAGCGACUCGAGGACUGGACUCAGAAGGGCAAGACGGUGCGGGAGAUGAUGACGCUGCAUAGCAUCGACUCCCGGUUCAAGAAGGAGCAUGCACCGCUCCCGCACAGGAUGGGGUACGAGAGCAGCUCCAGUGCCUUAAAAACAGACCGCGGUAAGCACUCUCGGGGAAUUAAAAGGAAACCCUCUCCCGAGCCGGACGGGGAGGGCAGCGCCGCCAAGCUCAAUGGUGAGGGUCAGCCGUGGUUGCCGUCUCCAUCCGAGGUGCUCAAGAUGCCCUCCGCGGCCCUGCCGGGAUUCGCUGCCGCUCCCCCCUCGACGAUCUCCCCGCAUUCGCGCACCACCCCGCCAGAGGCGGCCACCGCCAUGCAGAACGGCCAGUCACCGAUGGCCGCGCUCAUUUUGGCCGCGGACAACGCGGGCGCCGGUACCGGCUCGCCUAAAGAUGCUGGCAACCAGGUGCACUCCACGACCUCGUCAGCCGCGGGACGGCGCAACAGCGGAAGCCCACAGUCGCCCUCGGCCGGACAGAGGCGGCUCGCGCUGGGAACGUCGGGAACGGCGACCGCGCACAUCCCAGGCAUGGACCCGCAGGCCGGGCAUCCGCAGAGCAUUCCCGAUUCCUCGGUGCCGCCCGGAAGCGUGCCGUUGUGCUGCACCCUGUGCCACGAGCGUCUCGAGGACACACAUUUCGUCCAGUGCCCGUCCGUUCCAUCACACAAGUUCUGUUUCCCGUGUUCCCGCGAGAGCAUCAAACAGCAGGGGGCGACGGGAGAGGUUUACUGCCCGAGUGGCGAGAAAUGCCCGCUUGUUGGUUCCAACGUACCCUGGGCGUUCAUGCAGGGCGAAAUAGCCACCAUAUUGGCUGGGGACGUAAAGGUUAAAAAGGAGCGGGACCCUUGAUUUUGCUUUUUUCGCGCAUAAUAUACACAAAUCAUAUUGCAUACCAUCCAAACGAGAACUAACCGGACAUGUACAUAUGAACUUAAGGGAACUGUACACUUGGUAAACAUGGCUGUAUAAUUUUUUUUGAUUUUCCCUUUUUUGAGUACAUUGUGUUUCUAUGUUUUUUCCGAAGAUUAAACGGUAUGUACGUGCUAUAACACCCCCCCCCCUCCCCCAAUUCAGUGGUUGUAGACCUGGUGGCAGUCCAUGUUUAAACACAGAAUGUGACUAAUACUCUUUAAGCACUUGGCAAGAACUGAAACGCUUUUAGCUGUAUUGUAUGCACUUGUUUAAAAAUUGCCAAAUACAAUUUCUGACCUUGUAAUAACAA